GCGGGUUCUCGAGCCCCCCGCCCUCCUCCCUCCUUCUCUCCCUUCCUCCCUCCCCGCAGCCUAGGCGCCUGCUCCGCUAUGGGAGCCGCUGUCGUCCCAGUUGCCGCGGUGUUUUCCUGCUCCUCCUUUUCCUCCUCCUCUUUCUCCUCCUCCUCCUCAGUGCCCCAGUAAGGCCACUCCCGCACCACACACGAAUAAAAAAGGACUGCUGCAAAAUUUUUGUUCCCAAGAAUCUUCUCUCUCAAAGGAAUACAAAGAACCUAUACAGGGCCAUCUCAAAGACUGGAAUGAUAAGUACAGACAUGCCAAGAAUUUGGUGGGAUAGUAAAUAUUUAUGUUUUUUGUGGGGGGGGGGGAGAGAGAGGUCUGGCACUGGGAUUUUGUUAAUGUGGGCAUCUCUCUGUAUAAAUGUUCCCUCCACCAUUGGUAAACUCUCCUUUAUUUCAGAGAAUUGCCUGGGGCACUGAGAGCUUAAAUGACCUAAACAUGACUGAACACUAAAGCCUGCAUAUUUUAAAACUUGAAUUCAGAUUUGACUUCUUUAUUCAUUGAUAGAUGGGUAACAACAAUGAUGUUCAUCUUUGAAAAGUGUCAUUUCCAUCCCUUUCCUCUGGUGGGAGUCAGGAGGCUAGGAGAAAACCAAGAUUUAUUGACUUGUUUGUCAUCGGACAGUGAGUUUCAUGGAGGUGAGAGUUAGACCUGAGGACUUCAGAAUUUCCAGUUCCAUGUUUUAAUUGGCAUGAAUCAAAUGACACAAAGUACAUACUGAUGUUUGUCAUUUGGUUGACAAUUUACAAAAAGUUAGCUCUGGAACUUGAUGGGUGACAAGCCUCUCUGCCCAAAAGAUAAUUUUAAAAUGGCUGAACUAUUUAUGGAGUGUGAAGAAGAAGAGCUGGAACCAUGGCAGAAGAAAGUAAAAGAAGUUGAGGAUGAUGAUGAUGAUGAUGAUGAUGAUGAUGAGCCAAUCUUUGUUGGGGAGAUUGCAAGUUCAAAACCAGCCAUUUCAAAUAUUUUGAAUAGAGUCAACCCCAGCUCAUCAUCAAGAGGAAUACAGAAUGGUGCCACCAAUAGAGGUGCUGUUAGUUCAUUCAAGCCAACCAGUCAACACUACAUGACUCCAACAUCAAAUACUGUGGCAGCUUCACCAGUUUUUCAGUCUAUAUCAAGAUCUACAGCUAGUUCUGUUGCUCAGCCGCUGUCUAAAUCUGGUUACAUAAUGAACUCAUCACAAGUUGUACCUAAUAAUUCUUCAGGGUUACUGUUUGACUUGAGACAAAACACAGGAAUACCUCAGUACCAGGGAGCAGCAGCACGCUCUUUAACAGGUCUGAAUGAAAGUACCUUUGUAACGAAACGUCUCUCUACUUCUGAAGUAAACAGUGUAACUUCAAAGAAACCCAAGUCCAAUGAAGAUAUUGCUGGAACCCAUCCCUCAUCUCCCUUCUCUUCAGUAAAGUCACCAUCACAGAAUACACCUUCAAAAGGUACAAUUACUUCUACUAAAAAUGGACCACCUUUCCCAAGAGCUUGUCCAAAGUGUAAUAUCCAUUUUAAUCUAUUGGAUCCUUUAAAAAAUCACAUGAAGUAUUGUUGUCCAGAAAGGAUAAAUAACUUCUUUUGGGGAUCUAAUAAAGCAGAAUUCUCAAGUGCUGCAAAUAAAAAUAAAAUUGCUGAUGCAGAUAAAGGAAAACUGAUCAUGUUAGUUAAUGACUUCUAUUAUGGGAAACAUGAAGGAGAUAACCUACAAGAACAGAAGACUCAUACAACCUUUAAAUGCUUCAGUUGCCUGAAAAUACUUAAAAAUAACAUUAGGUUUAUGAACCACAUGAAACACCAUUUGGAACUUGAGAAACAGAGCAGUGAAAGCUGGGAAAACCACACAACUUGUCAACAUUGCUAUCGUCAAUUUCCCACACCUUUCCAGCUGCAAUGUCACAUUGAAAGUACACAUACCCCUCAUGAGUUUUCUACUAUUUGUAAAAUCUGUGAGUUAUCAUUUGAAACAGAGCAAGUUCUUUUACAACAUAUGAAGGACAAUCAUAAACCUGGUGAAAUGCCAUAUUUUUGUCAGGUGUGUAAUUAUAGAUCAUCAUCAUUUUCUGAUGUAGAAACACAUUUUAGAACUUCUCAUGAAAAUACUAAGAACUUGCUUUGUCCAUUUUGCCUCAAAGUUAUUAAACUUGCAACACCAUACAUGCACCAUUAUAUGAAGCAUCAGAAAAAAGGAAUAUAUCGUUGUACGAAGUGCCGACUACAAUUUUUGACUUGCAAAGAGAAAAUGGAUCAUAAAACUCAACACCGAACAUUUAAAAAACCUAAACAAUUGGAAGGAUUGCCUCCUGGGACAAAAGUCACUAUUCGAGCUUCAGUUGGACCUCUUCAGGCAGGAGCAUCAACUGCACCUUCCAUUAGUGCAAGCACUUCUACUCUUCAGUUGUCUCCUCCAAGGACUAAAAAUACAACUGCAAAAAGUACCGCUGCAAAAAACACCACUGCAAAAAGUACCACUGCAAAAAACACUACAAAAACUACUGCAACAAAAUCCAAAUCCAAAUCUAAAACAUAUCAUGUGCAAAAGAAGCCAGGCCCUGGUGGCACAAAAAGAAAUAAAGUCAAUACAGCAUUACGGAAUUUAAGGUAUCGUCGGGGAGUUCACAAGUGCAUUGAGUGUUAUUCGGAAAUAAAAGAUUUUGCAAACCAUUUUCCUACAUAUGUCCACUGUAGUUUAUGCAGAUACAACACUAGCUGUAGUAAAGCCUAUGUAAAUCACAUGAUGAGCUUUCACAGCGCCCGUGCAAGUAAAAGAUUUUGCAUUUUUAAGAAGCAUUCAGACGACUUGAGGGGCAUUACUGUAGUGUGCCUUAAUUGUGAUUUCCUAACUGAUGUUUCUGGUGUAGAUAAUAUGGCUACACAUUUAAGUGAAAGUGACACUCACACAUGCCAAAUUAUUAAAGAAAAUAUGCCUGUUUCUGUCUCAAAUUCUGAACAACUUCCAGAGUUAAAGAAUGAAAUAAUCACUAUGGAAAAAGAAGCUACACCUGAGAAAAAUUCAAGACCUAAUAUGUCUGAAGGAAAAACAGAAACAUCAACUUCUGAAAGCAAACAAGAAAAUGCUUCUUCAGAGGAAGCCAAAAAAGAAUGUGAUGUAAAUCCAUGUAAAGGCUCAUCAGCAAUAAAGAAUGAAGAAAGUACAGCAAUUUUAACUAUGAAAAAUGACCCCAACCUAGUAGCCCAGGAUAGGGGCUCAAGGAAUUCCUUCAGUUCUGUUUCAGAUAAUAAUGAUGUCAUAGAGGUGAUGGAAGAACAACAAAAAAACACUGAUAGCAAAACUGAAUUGAAGAUGUGCCAAAGUUCAGAGAAUGUAAUUUUAAAUGAUCAAACUAACAGCUCCAAUGAAGCUAAGCCUUUUUCACGGAAUACUAAAAAUUUGAAAUUGACAUCAAAUGAUGUUAGCUUUGAGCAGUUUUUGAGGAAAAGAGAUGAACCUGAAUCUAUUAGUUCUGAUGUUAGUGAGCAAGGCAGUAUUCAUUUGGAACCUUUGACGCCAUCUGAGGUGCUUGAGCAUGAAGCCACCGAAAUUCUUCAGAAAGGUAGCAUUGAAUCUUCAGCUGAGGAAGCUGGAGUAGUUUCUGAGCAAACAGAUGACAUUUCUAGAGAAAACAGUCCUAGUACAACAGAAACAACUGUAAAUCUGACAGAUGACAAGGAAGCAAGUUGAAAUGUAAUCAGACACUCAUUCUAAGUUUUCAUUAAAAAAAUAAUAACAAUAAUGGUAAAGAACAUCUUGGACCUUUCCUACUGGGUGUGCUCAGUGACACUUUUGGAAAUAGAAAAAAUGUAAGGAUAGGUUAUACAUACAUUGUAUGUGUGUGUUCAGCCUAUUACUAACGUAGUCAAUUUGCCAUUCAUAGCACAAUUAAACAUCUUAAAAAGAGGGUAUGUAUGUUUUGAUAAAGGUUAAAUUUGAAGUGGAAAAGGCUCUUUAUUUUUUUUCCAGAAAAGGGGUGACUUUUAAAGCAAGUAAUCAUAAAGAUUACUUAUGUAAAGUAAUCAUAAGAAAGAAAAACAUAAGGAUAUUAUUAAAACAUUUGAAUUCCCUAAAAUGAAAUCCUUUCACAUUCUUUUCCACCAUUCUUUAAAAUGUUUGGAGAAGUCUUUUAUGAAGGUAAUUGGUUAAAAAUGAUGGUUGAUGGGCGAGUCAGAAAAGGUUUUAUCUUGGAGUGUACUGCUAAUGUGGAGCAUGCUUACAGUGACGUAUUAAUCUAAUGACAGUUUGGAUAAAUGUAAAACUUCUUUGGAUUUAAUGUCACAUUCCUGUCUGUCAGAAGCAUGUAAACAGAAUUAUAUGAAUUUAUGCACCUCCAUACAGGUGUUAGCAUCCCAGGCUGUAAGCUUACCUUAAUUAAACUUUCAGUGAAAGUGAAAUUCUUAAAAUAUAUAUUUGUGUUUUUUGUCAGUGUGCAAGCUGUGCAUAAAUCCCUGACGUAUUAAUUGUAUAAAGUAGGAUUCAUUACUGGAAAUACUGUAGCUAUUACUGCCUUUACUGUUGUUUUAAUGAUUUUUGUUAGGAGUAAGUAGACCCAUAAAUGGUCUGUAAAGUCAAGCCAAAGUACAGUUUAAUGUAGAAACUGAAAAGCAGUGAACUGGAAACAUGUUCAGCCAUGUAUUCAGCCAUUUUAAAAACUACUUCUUUACAUUAAACAAAGACUUAAAGGGGACCUAAAGCAGAAAUGUAUAAAUCAAUUUCAGGAAUUUAGCCUAAUGUCUAUAAGAUGGCUGCUAAAAUGAUUUUUUGUUUGUUUUUACUGUCUUAGGAACUCAUAGAUGUAGGAAUGCAUAAUAUGAUUAACAGUAGUUUGCUUUGAAAUACUGACAAAACUUCAUUAAAAAUGCUGCAAUUUUACUCCUUUAGAAUGUGUUUUGAACUCUUAAAUUUUGUUUUAAUGAAUGUUGAAUGUUUUAAACAACUAUUAAACACUGCUGUACAUAUUAGUUUUUGAGUAAAUAUUUGCAACAAAAA